AUGCAUUCGCCGUCGCGUUCGGAAAACGGUGAUAUUGACGGAUCUGCGUCGUUUCAUGGAUUCGAAGAAGAAAUUACUAUGAAUCCCGACAACGAGAAUAAAUAUCGUGUGGUGUGCCGUCAGCGCUCACAAGUGAAACAAAAGUUGGUGCGGAUUCAACGUACACUUAUCACUAAUUCUAAUAUUGGAUUGGCACAAUUAAAUGUGCUGUCGAAAAAUCUGUCUGCUGUAUAUUCGGAGUACAGUGGAUUCCACAGUAAGGUACUUUCCUUUGUAUCGGACGAUGCUUUGGAUCAGCAAGAAGAGGAAUAUGCUGGGUUCGAGAGCAUAUAUAAUGACGUGUGCAAUGCCGUAGAGGAGUUACUUUUGGCAGCAAAGAAUACAGCGGUGCCAGAAUCUCCAAUAAACCAACCAGCUCAACCAGUUAUUAUUCAACAGCAACCAUUAAAGAUGCCAAUUCCAACAUUUGACGGAAGUUAUGCCGCAUGGCCGAAGUUUAAGGCUAUUUUUAAUGAUCUGAUGGCAAACUCCGGGGAUACAGAUGCAAUUAAGCUAUAUCAUCUUGAUAAAGCGCUUAUUGGAAAUGCCGCCGGAGCUCUGGAUGCUAAAAUUCUGAGUGAAGGUAAUUACAAACAAGCCUGGGAUGUACUUAUGGAUCGCUACGACAACAAGCGUGCGAUUAUCGAGACUCAUUACCGCGGAUUGUUAUCCUUGAAGACAAUUUCAUCACCAUCGUAUAAAGAACUACGUGCCCUCGUGCAUGAAGCGACCAAUCAUAUCGAAAGCCUUCGUUAUCUCGAUCAAGAAAUCAACGUACCACACGUCAAUCUGAAAAAGGGAGAACUCUCGAAGUACAAGCAAACCAUAGAGUAUCUGAAAACUAGGUGCCAAAUCCUAGACAAUUGCGAAACUGCUUUCCAGGCAGCUGCUGCUCCAAUCAAAUCGAAGCAAGUUCCUUUCCAAUCAAAGAUUCAGCCACAGAAAAGCUAUGCCGUUUCGACUAGUUCAUCACAAUCUACGCUUGUUUGUGACAUUUGCGGCGGUUCACAUCGAAAUGUCCAGUGCUCAGCCCUAUCCAACCUUACACUUGCCCAGAAGAUCGAGAAGAUUAGAGCUGCUGGAGUAUGUUAUAACUGUCUACGCAAAAGACAUAGAGCCAAGGAUUGUCCUUCCGAUAAAGCGUGUCACAAAUGCCAACGCCGUCAUCACACAUUACUUCACCACGAUGGAGUCAUCAACAAAGAAUCCAGAUCCAAUGUUUCUGCUCCUGUUGAAAUGGCAAAUCAGCCAUCGGUUAUUGCCGUUCCAAACCAAGCUACUGCACAGCAAACACCUGCUCUGGUUGAGCCACCUAUUUCAACCACUUGCUCCUCGUUUUUUAUGGAAUCCGCCAAAACAGUUGGUUCUCAGGUGAAUUUCGUAACCGAAGAAAUGGCCAACCGCCUAGGCCUCCUUAAGACACCAGCCAACGGUCCUAUCGUGGGUAUCUAUGCUUUACGUACCCACGCCCGUGAUAAGGUGAAAUUCGAUUCAUCUUGCCGAUGGAUUACCACAGCUACGAGACACUCCGGAUGGGUCGUAGCUGGUGUCAUCAUUGAUCCGCACGUAGUCAACGUGUCCCUCCAGUAUUCGCACACAACCGUCGAAGACAUCGAGCGAAAAAUGCAACAGUUCUGGCAAACAGAAGAAGUGCCUAACGUUCCAAAACUGUCAACAGCCGAAAUAGCAUGUGAGGCACAUUUUCUUUCCACUUACCAACGUAAUGAAACAGGAAGGUUUAUUGUCAAGCUACCAUUCAAGGAGAAUCUUUCCCAGCUGGGUAAUUGUCGUUCUCUGGCCUUGAAGCGAUUUCUCAUGCUGGAGAAACGAUUGAUUCGAAACCCUGAGCUGCAAACCCAGUACGUUAACUUCAUCCGGGAAUAUGAGUCUUUAGGUCAUUGUCGUGAGGUAGCCGAGUCGGAGGACGUACCAAACCAACAAGUGUAUUACCUCCCGCACCAUGCAGUACUGCGGCCGUCCAGCUCGAGCACGAAAUGCCGUGUCGUGUUCGACGCAAGCGCAAAAUCUUCACCAUUGGAAGUUUCCCUUAAUGAUGUACUUCAGAUCGGCCCAGUAGUACAAAACGACUUAUACCAUAUUGUGCUACGAUUCCGUACGUUUAGAGUGGCCUUCACCGCAGACAUUUCAAAAAUGUACCGCCAGAUACUCGCAGCUCCAUCGGACCGUCGAUUUUUGAGAAUUUUCUGGAGAGAAAAGCCGUCGUUACCUUUGCGCGUGUGGGAAUUAUGCACUGUCACGUACGGCACUGCCUCGGCACCGUACCAAGCAACAAGAUGUUUACUGCAACUUGCCGAAGAGGACGGUAGAGAAUUUCCUAUUGCUACGCGCAUAGUAAAGGAAGAGACGUACAUGGAUGAUGUACUCUCGGGUGCAGACUCAGUGGAACAGGCCCUUGAGGCGCAGAACCAGCUGAAGCAGCUUCUUCACCAGGGAGGCUUCCCUAUACAUAAGUGGUGUUCCAACUCGCAAGAGUUCCUCGAGCACAUACCGGUCGAUGAGCAGGAGAAAAUGGAUGCUUCCGAAAACCGUGGUGUGAAUUCAGCUAUUAAAGUGCUCAGAUUGCGUUGGAAUCCUACCACAGAUACACUUUCCAUCGCAAAUCAUACGAAUCCAUUGGGCCCAAAACUGUUGACAAAACGAAUACUGUAUUCAGAAAUCGCUAAGUUCAUUGAUCCCCUAGGCCUGGUGUCACCGGUAAUAGUGAAGGCGAAACUUCUAGCGCAGCAACAGUGGCAAGCUAAGAUUGGAUGGGAUGAUCCUGUGGACGACAACAUAAAGGAACAGUGGCAAGAGUUACAAAGUUCAUUGAUUCAUUUAAAUGAUAUUGAGAUUCCAAGAUGCGUGCUCUCCGACAGUGCGGUAACCUAUGACGUACAUGGUUUUUCAGAUGCUUCUACAGUAGCAUAUGGAGCAUGCAUUUACCUCCGAAGUCUAUUUGCCGAUGGGUCGGCCUCGCUUUGUCUUCUAACCAGUAAAUCAAAACUGGCCCCCUCGGAAGAACUCUCCAUUCCGCGGAAGGAACUGUGUGCCGCUUUAUUGCUAUCCAGACUAGUGUAG